AGAGGAGGUGGUGGUCCAUGGGAAUGUGUUCAUUUCAAGAAACUAUCAUGAUAGUAUCUGUGAGUCCACAUCUUUCAAAUCCAUGCCCCGCACCUGUUCGAUGAAACAACGAUCCAGCAGCAUCAAUCAAUGCCAAUGGCGUGCUUCUCCAUUCUCUCUCCUCCUCAUCCCACUCUCACUCUCACUCUCCUCCCUCCCUCCCACUCUCAAUGCGGCGGCUUCACCGUUAGAGUUAGUGUUGCUCUCACCGAAAGGCUCUCCCAGCACCACAAGACCAAUUCCAUUAUUCCUUCAACUCGCGCUGCUGCGAAUGGUGGCGGUUUCGAGACAGAAACUGCGGUGGUGGAAAAGCCUCAAUUGAAGACUCUCUUCCAAGCUUCCAGAGGCUACCCUUCCCCCUUUGGUGCCACUGUUCGAGACGGUGGGGUCAAUUUCGCCAUUUCCUCUCUCAACGCACUUUCCGCCACUCUCUGUUUCUUUACUCUCUCUGAUUUCCAGAAUAAUCGAGUGACGGAGUAUGUUCCUCUUGAUCCGUUGAUUAAUAGGACUGGAGGUGUCUGGCAUGUUUUCCUUAAAGGAGAUUUUAGAGAUAUGCUUUAUGGGUACAAAUUUGAUGGCAAGUUUUCUCCUCUAGAGGGACAUUACUUUGACUCUUCUCAUAUACUACUGGACCCGUAUGCCAAAGCAGUUAUAAGCAGAGGGGAGUUUGGGGCUUUAGGACCUGAUGGUAACUGCUGGCCCCAGAUGGCUGGCACGGUACCUUCUGAGGAUGAUGAGUUUGACUGGGAAGGAGAUUUGCCUCUCAAGUAUCCACAAAAGGAUCUUGUUAUAUAUGAAAUGCAUGUGCGUGGGUUCACAAAGCACGAGUCGAGCAAUACCAAGUUCCCUGGUACAUACCUUGGUGUGGUGGAGAAGCUUGACCACUUAAAGGAACUUGGAGUAAAUUGUCUAGAAUUAAUGCCAUGUCAUGAAUUCAAUGAACUGGAAUACUAUGGUCACAAUUCUGCACAAGGAGACUACAGGGUCAAUUUUUGGGGGUAUUCAACCAUCAAUUACUUCUCCCCAAUGAUCAGAUACUCAUCUGCUGGCAUACGAAACUGUGGCCAGGAUGGGAUUAAUGAAAUUAAAUUCCUGAUCAAAGAGGCGCACAAACGAGGAAUAGAGGUCAUCAUGGAUGUUGUUUUCAAUCAUACAGCUGAGGGGAAUGAGAAUGGUCCCAUUAUUUCUUUCAGAGGUGUCGACAACAGUAUGUAUUACAUGUUAGCACCCAAGGGGGAGUUCUAUAACUAUUCAGGAUGUGGGAACACGUUCAAUUGCAACCAUCCAGUUGUGCGACAAUUUAUAGUUGACUGCUUAAGAUAUUGGGUAACAGAAAUGCACGUGGAUGGUUUUCGCUUUGAUCUUGCUUCUAUUAUGACCAGGAGUAGCAGUCUCUGGGAUGGAGCUAAUGUAUUUGGUGCUCCAAUAGAAGGUGACUUGUUGACAACAGGAACCCCUCUAAGCAGCCCACCAUUAAUUGACUUGAUCAGUAACGAUCCUAUACUUUGUGGAGUGAAGCUUAUAGCUGAAGCCUGGGAUGCUGGUGGCCUCUAUCAAGUUGGCACUUUCCCUCACUGGGGUAUUUGGUCAGAAUGGAAUGGGAAGUAUAGAGACACGGUGCGCCUGUUUAUCAAGGGUACAGAUGGCUUUGCUGGAGCUUUUGCUGAAUGCCUUUGUGGGAGUCCUAAUUUAUAUCAGGGAGGAGGAAGAAAACCGUGGCAUAGUAUUAACUUUGUAUGCGCUCAUGAUGGGUUCACUCUAGCUGAUUUGGUGACCUAUAACAACAAGAAUAAUUUGUCAAAUGGAGAAGACAAUAAUGAUGGAGAAAAUCAUAAUAAUAGCUGGAACUGCGGACAGGAGGGGGAGUUUGUCAGUACCUCGGUGAAGAAAUUGAGGAAACGACAAAUGCGGAAUUUUUUUCUUUCUCUCAUGGUUUCCCAGGGAGUUCCAAUGAUAUAUAUGGGCGAUGAAUAUGGACACACAAAAGGAGGAAAUAACAAUACCUAUUGUCACGAUAAUUAUCAUAAUUACUUCCAAUGGGACAAAAAGGAAGAAUCCUCAUCAGACUUCUUCAGAUUUUGUCGCCUUAUGACUAAGUUCCGCCAGGAAUGUGAAUCGCUAGGCUUAGCUGACUUCCCAACCUCUGAGAGGCUGCAGUGGCAUGGUCAUUUUCCUGGAAAGCCAGACUGGUCUGAAACCAGCCGUUUUGUGGCUUGUACCAUGGUAGAUUCAGUGAAGGGAGAAAUAUACAUUGCUUUCAAUAUGAGUCAUUUACCUUUCACAGUUACCUUGCCGGAGCGUCCUGGAUACAAAUGGGAACCUCUUGUAGACACCAGCAAGCCUACACCAUAUGAUUUCCUCACUCCUGACCUUCCUGGAAGAGAUAUUGCCAUACAACAGUAUGCUCAGUUUCUGGACGCCAAUAUGUAUCCCAUGCUUAGUUAUUCUUCCAUUAUCCUCUUGCGCAUUCCAGAUGAAAAUCUGUAGCUUGGAAAAUCUUGCUUCUUUGUUUUUAUCGGCUAUAUAUAUAAUCCUGUUCCUAGUAUGCUGGAAAAGAAAUCGUAGUAAGAUGGGUCUGCAGGAAGUAAGCACCAAAGGCCCAAGAGGAAGGAACGUAUAGCAUGGCUGGCAUCAUGCAUCAUGCAUACAUGCACCGUACGUAGGAAAAGCGCAAACCCGUGUGAUAGCAUCGUGUCUUCUAGAAGAUGCGUAGGUAGUGGAAUAAAGGCAUAUUUGCUCUUAGGAUAUUUCGGAUUGCUUUUAUCUUUUCCGUUUUUGCUUGUCGGGACUUGUCCCCUCUAUAACAGCUAUAUAUAUAUGUAAAGAAAUGGUGUUGGAAGGAUAUGAGAAAAUAGCAGAAAAACGUUCCUCCGUAGUUCUCUCUCUCCCACUCUCUUCUUCUCUCUUAGGAGGCUACUUGGUCCUCGAACUCCAAGCUCGUAACAUUUGAUCAGUAAAUAAAAAUAAUAGAUGCAUUGAAUAU